ACGAAAAUGGCGUCGCGUGUACGGUGCCGAUGAUCCCUCGUUUCGCCGCGUUCGUGUACGGGUAGUUGCGGUGUACGGCGUGCGACGAAGUGUCUCAACGACGACGACGACGACGACGACGGACGCUGGCCUGAUCGGCGUGUGAGUGGGUGCGCGCGACACGAGGCUCGCCCGAAGGAUUACCGAGGUUCGCUCGGCGGUCGCGCCGCGCGUACGGACGUUACGGCGAGCGGCGAGCGGCGGCGGCGGUGGCGGCGGCAACGACGACGACGACGACGGCGACGACGACUGUCGCAGUGACGGUGAUUAAAUCGCGCGGACGGUAUCGGUAUCGGCGGACUCGCGGCGAUUCCCGCGUUCUUUCUCGCCCUCCGCGAGACGCGACCUCGUCCCGGUUGGCAUGACGAAGGAAACGAUAUCCCCGUCCCCGUGGCGAGGCGAUGUGUGUUGACGUGCGCGAGUGAGACCACCUCUCCCCGCGUAUCGUCCUUGUCCUUGUUUUCGCGAACGAGGGACCCGCGCGGGUGGAUCGUCUUCUGGAGUGGCGGCGACGAGAACGACGUGUGUGCGCGCGGCCACGACGGCGACGGCGACGUGCGACGUGUAGCACCUCGCCCCGACCAUGGCGGUGAAUCCGCGUGAUAUGGACGGCUUUAUGCCGCUUCUGUCAACGACGGAUAUCAAGAAGAAGCUCAACGUCGGCAGCGCGCUGCUCAAUUACCUCGGCGACUCGAGCAAGAGCAUCGAGUGCCAGGACAUCGGCAUGUUCAUCGACAACGUUAUACCGUGGCUUGGCAACGGUAAUCCCAAGGUUGUCCAGAAUGGUUUAGAGAUCCUCACAUAUCUCGCGGAUCGGAUGGGUCACGACUUCAAGCCUUACAUCUCCACCAUCAUCCAGCCGACGAUAGACAGGCUAGGUGACAGUAAAGAUGCUACCAGGGAGAAAGCGCAACUGGUGCUCCUGAAAAUUAUGGAGAAGGGAUGCAUGUCGCCUCAGAAUCUUUUGGAUAGACUUCGUCCAGCUUUUAAUCACAAGAAUGCAAAAUUACGGGAGGAAGUUCUAAUCCUGUUAACGACAACGCUGAACGAACAUGGAGCAGACGAGAUGGCACUGUCGGGGGUGAUCCCGAGUAUCGUAAAGCUGCUGUCUGAUCCAUCGGAAAAGGUUCGGGAAACUGCUCUGAACACGCUGGCGGACAUCUAUCGACACGUAGGCGAUAGAUUACGCGUCGAUUUGCAAAGAAAGCACAAUGUGCCGCAAGCCAAAAUGCUUCUGCUAAUAGAUAAGUUCGAUCAACUGAAGGCCGCUGGUGAUCUUUUACCCUUGGCAAUGUCGUCCGAUGUUGGCAAAGAUAGCGACGAAACCGAUAGAGCGAUCAAAUCGGCUCCCGUUAAGAGGCUGAACUUGCCUCCGAAAAGAGGUCAAUUUGGGCCCGCUAAAACACCAUCCUCUGCCUUAGCUCCUCCUGGUAUUUCAUCCAACACGGUCCCAAGGGCAACAACCAUCAAAAGAGCUUUGUCAGUAAGAUCGACAACAGCGCAAGCCGGAGCCGUCGACGAAGAAUGCUUUAUUACUUCGUUCGAGGACGUGCCUACCGUCAAUCUGUUCUCGGCGAAGGAUCUUGAAGAACAGAUGAAGGUCAUCAGGGAUACUGUGGGUGACGAUAAAAAGGACUGGAAACAGAGGAUGGAUAGCAUGAGAAAGUUAAGAGCCAUUAUACUCGCUGGUGGCACUAACUAUGAAAACUUCCACGAGUGCCUAAAGAACGCACAGCGACCAUUCGAGCAGGCAUGCACCGACCUUAGAUCCCAAGUAGUGCGAGAGGCGUGUAUAACUCUCGCUUUUCUGAGUCAGAGCCUGAAGAACAAAUUCGCCAAUUUUGGCGAGGCGGUUUUGCUCACAUUAAUGAACCUCAUACAGAACAGUGCCAAGGUCGUGGCGUCAGCCGGUGCGGUGGCAGUUCGCUUUAUCCUUCAAAAUACCUACUGCAGUCGAUAUGUGCCUAUUAUUAUAUCAUGCGUGAACAGCAAGAGCAAAGAUAUUCGCAGGGCGUCCUGGGAAUAUCUGGCUUUAAUCCUGCAGACCUGGCCUACGCAGAUAUUGCAGAAGCACAUAACAAUAUUGCCGGACGCGAUCAAAAAGGGUAUCGCGGAUUCCGACGCGGAAGCGCGAGUCUUUGCCAGGAACUCAUACUGGGCACUUAGAAAUCACUUUCCAGAGCAGGCUGAAAUACUACUUAAUACCUUGGAUGCGUCGUACAAACGCUCCUUGAUGUCUCUGAGCAAUAGCGGCAGUAGUAACAGCUUAAAUGUCGUAGCUAAUGCGAGAUCGUCGAGCGUUAGUCCACGUACAGCCAGACCUGUGAUGAGCGCGGCAGGUAGUACGGAAAAUUUGCAUCAGACCACGGGUCAACCGCACGGUCCGCUCAGACGUACUCCGUCCUUGCCUCGGUCUUAUCGUCAAUCUGGUAUCCCGAUACUACAAAGACCAACAGACAGUCACUAUCGAGGUACGCCAGGAGUUAGGUCCACCAGCGCGAUUGAUUUGCAAGCUGCUCAGAGAGCGAAAGCGAGAUUGAUGUACGCGAAUAUGAGCAGACAGAAAGCAGCAGCAGCACUUCCUCGUCCUAGUAAAUCUCCGGAUCCCAAUGCGGUUGCUAGCCCAGAAAGAAUAGCAAGGACGAGGACAAGAGUGUCGGGAGUUUCACAAUCCCAACCUAGUAGUAGAUCGGGUUCCCCGUCGUCCAGAUUAAGUUACGCCACGUAUAAUCGCGAAGGCGAAUCACUGAUAGGCAGACCAAGGCGAUUAUCCGGACACGCCAUUAGCAGCACAAGUAAUAGUCGCGAGCCCAGUCCACAGAGAUUCGGAAUAGACAGGAGUUUCGCGAGCAAACUGAGAGGGAGGAAUCUACACAUGUCGCCGACAGACAGCACUAGGCCGCCAGUUAUGGCGCAGAAAAUGCUGCAGAAGUCACGCGAAGCGGAGUCCGCUUUAGCGGACGCUCUAACUUUCGAUAGUAUCGAUAACUACACCAGAAUACCGGGCAACAAAGGGGAUCACAGUGACGACAGCGAAAACAGCAGCAUAUGCUCGGAAAGAAGCAUGGACGGUUUUAGACGAGCUAGUGAUUCGUUCUCAUGGAGUGGCUCUCAACCGAGACUAUAUCGUGAUCUAUGGGAUCAGUCUAUCCCGAAGGACAUCAAAGAGAUUAUUGAAAACUGUGCUCACAAACAUUGGGGAGACAGAAAGGAAGGCUUAGUGGGUUUACAACAUUAUUUGAGCAGCGGAAAUACUUUGACACCAACGGAUUUGCGUAGAGUGACGGAUAUUUUUACAAAAAUGUUCAUGGAUUCUCAUACCAAGGUGUUCAGUUUGUUUUUGGACACGUUGAAUGAACUAAUUAUUACUCACAACGAAGGUCUUGGCGACUGGCUAUACGUUUUGUGCGCGAGGCUUCUUAAUAAAUUGGGUACCGAUCUAUUGGGAUCUAUACAAACAAAAAUUCACAAAACGCUUGACGUUGUGAGAGACUGUUUCCCGGGCCAACAGCUUCUACCGGCUGUGAUGAGGUAUCUGACAGAUCCAACACAAACACCAAAUUCUCGCGUGAAAGUAGCAGCAUUGACUUUUAUCACGCAGAUCGCUGAAACGGCAGAACCGUCCGCGCUGGGCAGUUCUGCAGCGACAGCACUUGCACGGCUGCUCGACUGGUCGAAUGACGGUAAAAGCCACGACGUGAGGAGGCACGCGCAGAACGCUGUGAUAUCACUUUACAAUCUCAAUCCGCCUCAAGUUACUAUGAUACUUUCCGAGUUACCAAAAUACUAUCAAGAAACAGCCUGGCCUCUGGUGCAGAACCACCUGAGGAAAUCGUCCGCUUCUAGUAAUCCGGCAUCACCCGGUACACCACCGCCCAGAGCGCAGAACUCGCCUGCUCGAACAAAAGCGAAAAACGACGUUAAAGCAGACGCGAAGACUGAAAUCGAUGGAGGGGACGAGAAUUUGGAAGAAGUAUACAAUUCUCCUUCUAGAUCUCUGCGGCGCACGACUGCCGAAAUCCAAAAUUACGGUUUUGAACGUUUGGAAAGAGCCACUACCAGCAAAGACAGCGGUAUCAGCAAUAUGGCGGAUGUAGAAGAGAGAAUGGAAGGUCUUACGUUAUCCAAUUCUGGUCGAUCUUCGUCCGUUUCCUCACCGACGCAACGAGGACGAUCUGUUAGUAACAUAACGGUGAACGGAUCCGAUACAAUUGCCGGUGAUUUGAUUCUACCUCAAGAGAAUAAUGGUUACAAAACGCACGGAUCAUCACCAGAUUCGACAAACAGACCAGACAUCGUACCAGAAAUCGUAGACAAUAUGGUUAAAACUCUGCAAUCAAAAGAGGCGCAAACUGCGGAGAAAGUGUCAUCGUUGCAAGAAUUUCAAUUAUAUGUUCGCGAAGGCGAUUCCUCAUAUAUUAAACGAAAUUUCAAAAAAGUGCUCAAAGUUUUGUUAGACAGCUUAUCCAACGAUGGCAAAGUGGUACAAGUAGAAGUGCUGCAAACGUUAAUCGAUAUGCUUAAAUGCUCCGAUCUGAUAGAAAGCUUUUCCUCUUAUAAUGAGUUAUUAGUACUGAAAGUUAUCUACGCCUACAAAUCGGACGAUCAAAAGGUCGAUUCUUCCAGCGGUAGCGGCGGUAGAUCUCCAGUCCAUUGGAACGCGGAGAAGUGCGCGGCGACGAUGGCGAUGGUUUUGAAGCCGGAACAAAUUAUCCAUUUGGUCUCCACUAUAAUCGCUACGGAAUCGUAUCCAUUGAAUAUGGGCGCGAUAAAAAUGUUGCACAAGGUGGUGGAGCAUUGGGGUCGCGAAGCUAUCGAACCUCACCUUGCCAAGGUUAUGCCUGGCCUUAUUAAGGCUUACGACGACGCCGAGAGUGCGGUUCGCAAGAGCGCGGUCUUCUGCAUGGUGGCGAUCCACGUUGCUGUUGGCGAGGAGGUUCUGAAGCCGCAUCUGAGCUGCCUGUAUUCCAGUAAGCUUAAACUGCUGAACAUCUACAUACAGCGCGCACAGCAACAGGCGAAUAGUCAACCCGCGAGUCCACGUAGCAACAGCAAGAAUUAACUAACAUCCAAUACCACGACUCUCAGGGUCGCGAUACUUAAGAGAUUCGCCCGUUUCAGCGCGCGGCAUGAGCGAAUGCUUGUUAGCUUUCUCAGUAAGUCCGAUCCGUCAUGAUGGUCGACGUAACGACGGUUUUAACAAUAUGACUCGGAAGUUUUGAUACGAUAGAGACUGAUGUGUGUAUAUGUGUGUAUGUAUGUGUGUGUGCGUCACUUCGCGACGGCGUGCGAGUCGCUGUCUGAGACGGUGAUGUGUGCGGAAUCAGCGUAACGAUAAUCGUCUGAUGUUACGUUUAUCGAAUUUGUUUAUAGAAGAUUAAGGGCGUCUUAUACAUGUUGGUUAAUUCUUAUUAAGAAAGUAAAGCUUGUGCAAAAAGAAUUCGUAACACGCGGUUCACCGAUUUCUUUCGUCUUUUAUGAGUAUGAAACAGCUGAAUUGUACGAUUUAUUGUAUAAGUACAUUUAAGUGAGCGUGUCACGCAAUAACUUCGGUUAGCAGAUACGUCCUCAAAAAAUAUCGUUCCAUAAUACGCUCACUCGAGGUUUACUCUGUGGAAAAUAUUUAUAAUAUUACAUUUUCGUUUGCGAAGUGAACGGCUUCUCGAUUCGUUUAAAUUUGCUAAUCGCUUUUUUAUUUUUCUUACCACGAUACUGUACAUACGAUGAUGAUCUAUGCGAGCUAUGUCGUGUUUUAUGGUGCGGAGCUACAGUAUUCGGGAAGUACAGUAUUUCUGUUGAUACAGACAUGGCCAAGCUUUUAUUUCCAUUUUCGCAAGCUACGGGAUUGAUACAUGUUUUUCCUCCCGGUUUUUCAAACCUUCCAUCGUCAUGAGAAAAUUUAGCGAGACAAAUGGUAAACUGAGGGGAACACGAUGCAACAUUACUGUCUGUGGACAAUGAGUUCAAUAUUUCUCAUAGUGCACGGUCGAACACUAAUCAUGCGGAUUAAUCAGCAAACGUUAAAUAUAUAUGCUUGUUUACAUUUAGUACCGAAUCUACGUCUAGCGUUGACGCGUAAUCGCACGUCCGGCGAUACGUCGUGACGCACCUCACAGCAACGAUACGUGAUAAAGGAAAAGUGGAAAGUGUAUAAUUUAUUCGUUUGAAAUCUACGUGCUAGUCAGAUUCCCAAGGACGCACAAUGACGUAAAAGACACAAACAGAAUAGUCGAGUCUUUUUUGACGAACCAUGCAUAGACACAGAAAUAAUACAUACAUACAAAAAAGCAUAUGUGUGUGAGAGAGAGAGAGAAAGAGAAAAGCGCGAUUUUAAUGUGAGAGAAUGAGAGAUUUGCGUGGCUGAGAGAUUAGCGCGUGUUUAAGAAGCAAGCAUAAAUAAAGUAGCAGUGGUUAGUAAAUUGAUCUGCUCGAGAUUAAAGUUAACACUUAACUAUUCAUCACGUUGCCAAUAAUUGAACACUAAAUCAAACGCUAACUUAACGAGUUUAGUAACACUUUGUGCCAUUGUCGUUUCUGUUUACUGUAUAAGAGAAAAAAUUAUAUGUUAUAUAUUCUACAAUGUAGAUCACCCCUUUUGUCCUUUCUUACUAUAUAUAUUUAAUCGAGAUACGAUAUAAGGAUAAUAAAUCUAAUUUUAUUAUGAAUUUGUCAAGGCGGAUCAUUAAAAUAUUAUGAAAUAUCAGAAAAAAAUUUUUUUUGGAAACGAGCGUGAAAAUAAAUAUACCGGACUUAAACAGGUAGAGAAACGUGGAGUCACUUACAAUAAGAUGCAAAUGUCUGAUAAUACCUCGAUAAUUCAGCGUGACAACGCGGUGGUAAUUUACGUCUACGAAUACAAUACGGCCAAAUAGUGCCAAAGAAAAUGCAAAAUACCUGAAACGAAUAGAAUGAAGAGUAAAUUUGAAAGGGGAAACACGAGACAGACUGUAUUUCUUUUACUUGGUGCCUUUGGCGUCGACGCGACGGGAUUGAUUGAAUAGUCUUUCAGCAUUCACCUAUAGGAACAAUUUCGCGGGUAGCACAGUCGAGAUUAUAGAGGAGAAAGAUACGCACGAGGUCUUCGACUGUUGCCGACGUCGUAUAAAAUGAACCCUACUUCGCGAUAAAGAAAAAAAAAUGAAAAUUAAAAAGAUCUUAUCGAUUAUUCUCGUAGCAUAGAGAAAUUCUAGACUCGAUAUUUUUCCCAUUCUGCGCUCCGAAUAGAAUCUCGAAAGUACAUUUCACGAAUAGAUAUUUAUUCCACACGCGUGUAUUACUCUGCGCUUGUGCGACACUUUGUUUAAAAUGCUGAAUUGUCAAAUUAUUGUCGAGAAAUAAUGGUUUAAUAAUGGUUUUUCGAUAGCUCUCGUAGGAAGAGACGAGACGGAUCCUCGUUGCGCAUUUAAGUGAUCGAUAUACCGCGCGGCGUUCCGAUUGAGGGAUUUAAUAAUUCUGCGCCUUUAAAUCCGCUGAAGAUCCAAAUGCGCUGUUGAGUAACGGGCCCCCUGCAAAAUUAAGUGUAUGAAAUUAAAGGGUUCACCGCAAGAAUCGAGCAAAUCGUUGAUUCGCAAGAUCCAUCUUAAAUAUACAUACAUACACACACACACACACACACACACACACACACACACACACAUAUAUAUAUAUAUAUAUAUAUAUAUAUAUAUAUAUAUAUAUGCAUGCGACGUGUAUAUACUUGAUAUGCAUCCUGCGAAUGUUGCCUUCUUGCGCUGAACUCCGAGUUUUCGAUGUCGUAAGACUUCGCCCGGCGAUCCAUUUGACUUCACGCCGAUUUUAGGGCAUGGCCUGUGUGACGUGUACCGGUUGUGUGUGUAUAUAUAUACAUAUUAUGCGAUAUAUAAUGCGUAGAACGUGUAAUUAUAUUAUACGUAAAAUAUAAUAAUUGAUAUACAGAUUAGGUAGCUCGUCGUCACUGCCAGCAGCGUUGGUCGUGCUGAGGAUAACGAGGCUCUCUCACAGCCAGACUCUGCGUGGUGAUCGUGUUUAUCGAUUCGCUUGUUCUGUUAAGUUUUACGAGCGUUACUAUUAUUAUUAUUAAUAUUAUACCGAUACUCGACUUGCGUUGUAACUGUAACUCGAUGCGUGUGUGAUAUACAUGAGGAUUUGGGCGGUGAGCGUCACGAACGAUCCUCGGCGAGCAGCCCCUCCUUCCUUUUCUUCUCACGCGAACGCGAGCCGGAUCGUUCGGUCGCUUACGGAGAGCCGUAGAAUGUAAGCCUCUUGCGUUAUCAUUUUAAUGUUUGUUAACAUCCGCUGUUAACUGUCCCGCUCGCGCAUAAUAAAUUUCGUCGUUAAGCGUUUCUGUCGUGUCGCCCCCCGCCCCCUGCUCCACGUGCACGCUACCGCGUCUCUUCUUUUUUUUUCUUUUGCAUCCGACAAAUCGUGGUUUCGUUCGUCCGCUUCGAUCGACGCGUUGAUUAUCCUCCGCGAUUUAACUAUCGAAAAAACAAUCCCAUGUGCGUGCGCGAUGGUCGACCAACGGCGCGACUCGCGCGAUUCGCUAUACGACGCUUGUUUCUGAAAUUCGAGAAGUCAUUAUAAUAUGAUACCUUAGACCUGAAAUUCUUCGACGGCGUGGCGGAGAAAGCUCAAUUUGAAGAGCUUGAUUCCCUGAGCAAGUACGUGGAAGUAGUGAUUAUUUAUGAAAUAAAGAGCGUAUAUUGUGCUAAUUAUUUUUCGUUGCCAUGAAAAUUUUAAACGGUCGAUUAAGUUUAUAUUUGACAUAUUAAAAAAAAAAAAGAGUGCGAUGAUCAUAGCGGAUUCUCGAGAUCAACGUUGUUCUCCAUCGUCGUAUCGCUUCUCGCGCUCAUUUCUCUCCCGUAGAAAAUAAUACGCGCGUGAUAUCGAGGAACGUAAGCCACCCCCGAAGCAAACGAGCGCGAACGAACCGCGCUCAGUCCGCGGAUCCGGCUCGACGCAGCCUCGACGCAGAGACGAGAUGCCCGAGAGAAGGAAUAAAAUAAUGAAUAAAACGCGAAGAGGAGAAGCUCGAAAUUUUUUCACGCCGAUAAAUCUGAAUAAUAAGCCACCGUCGCGACGAUAUUACACUGUAUAAUUGUUAUUGUAAUUGCCAACUUGACAUAAUAAAGCAUUGCUACGAGACGCCGGCCAUUACUGCUCCCCGCAUUUUCGUUCGCGAGUUGUCGUCUUUCCUUCUUUCUUCAGUAUGAAGAUCGCAAAAUAUGUAGCUGAGUUUGGCAAUUGCAAUAGCAAUUUCUGUCAUUGUUCGCUCGCUCGUUUCACUCGAGACCCACCAGGAUGUUCCAAAAGUCUCCUGAAAAAAUAAACGUUUAGUCCCAA